CGGAGGCGGGGCGGGCAGGCUGGAAGCUAGUCCUGGCCCCAAGUGGACCCCCCCCUUCGGCCGUGCUGCCGGCGGGGGCCAGCCGCCGCCGCCCCCAGCCCGCGACCCCGCGGCGCAGCCCAGGCGGCGGAGAGGCUGUCCUCGCUGAGGAGGGCUGGGAGGGCGCGGGCGGCGAGCGGGCGGCCCGCGAGCGGCCUUCACGCCGUCCCCUUCGCCGCCGCCUUCUGCUCGCCUCUCGCCGCCGUGCAUUUCUUCCUUUUCCUUUGUCUCUUCCCCCCUGGCGGGUGUGAGGAUUGUUGGUGAACAAAAGUGCAGCCUCAAGAUGGCUGAUGGCAACGAGGAUCUGCGGGCGGACGACUUGCCGGGGCCAGCCUACGAGGGCUAUGAGUCCAUGGAGCUCGCCUGCCCGGCCGAGCGCAGCGGCCACGUAGCGGUGGGCGACGGGCGCCACAUGUUCGUCUGGGGCGGCUACAAGAGUAAUCAAGUCAGAGGAUUAUAUGACUUUUAUCUGCCUAGAGAAGAACUGUGGAUCUACAACAUGGAGACUGGAAGAUGGAAAAAAAUUAACACGGAAGGAGAUGUUCCUCCUUCCAUGUCAGGAAGCUGUGCUGUGUGUGUAGACAGGGUGCUCUACUUGUUUGGAGGACACCAUUCAAGAGGCAAUACAAAUAAGUUCUACAUGCUGGAUUCAAGGUCUACUGACAGAGUAUUACAGUGGGAAAGGAUUGAUUGCCAAGGAAUUCCUCCAUCAUCAAAGGACAAACUUGGUGUCUGGGUAUAUAAAAACAAGUUGAUAUUUUUUGGAGGUUAUGGAUAUUUACCUGAAGAUAAAGUAUUGGGAACUUUUGAAUUUGAUGAAACAUCUUUUUGGAAUUCAAGCCACCCAAGAGGAUGGAAUGAUCAUGUACAUAUUUUAGACACUGAAACAUUUAUCUGGAGUCAGCCUAUCACUACUGGUAAAGCACCUUCACCUCGUGCUGCCCACGCCUGUGCAACUGUUGGAAACAAAGGCUUUGUGUUUGGAGGCAGAUAUCGAGAUGCUAGAAUGAAUGAUCUUCACUAUCUUAAUCUGGACACAUGGGAGUGGAAUGAAUUAUAUUGUAACUUAGCUGCUGUUUUCAGAAUUCCACAAGGCAUAUGCCCAGUUGGCCGAUCUUGGCACUCACUAACACCAGUUUCUUCAGACCAUCUCUUUCUCUUCGGAGGAUUUACCACUGAUAAACAGCCGCUAAGUGAUGCCUGGACUUACUGCAUCAGUAAAAAUGAAUGGAUACAGUUUAAUCAUCCCUAUACUGAAAAACCAAGAUUAUGGCAUACAGCUUGUGCCAGUGACGAAGGAGAAGUAAUUGUGUUUGGUGGGUGCGCCAAUAACCUCCUUGUCCAUCACAGAGCUGCACACAGUAAUGAAAUACUUAUAUUUUCAGUUCAACCAAAAUCUCUUGUAAGGCUAAGCUUAGAAGCAGUCAUUUGCUUUAAAGAAAUGUUAGCCAACUCGUGGAACUGCCUUCCAAAACACUUACUUCACAGUGUUAAUCAGAGGUUUGGUAGUAACAACACUUCUGGAUCUUAAGGCUUCAUAGAUAAUGCCUCUGAUCACCUUGCAUGGACAGCAAUUCUGUAAACAUCAGAGAGUGGCGUCGUUUGUACAAUUAUAUGCAUUGUUGUAGUUUGCAGCUUUUUGGUUUUAAUGUGCAUGUGAAUGGCCUAGAGAACCUAUUUUUGUGUCUAAAGUUUACAAUAAAUGUAUUUAACACCA